AUGAAGAAAUAUUAUCCAAUAGUUCCAAAUUUAUCACAUCAAAUUGAACCAGAGGUUGAUAGAAGUUCAAAGAGACAUCGUAAUUCAAUAAAUAUGGCAAAUCUUCCAACUGAUCCUGGAUUACAAGCUCCGAUUUCUGAUUAUAAUCCCAAUAUUCAAGAUGAAAUUCGAAGAUAUUAUUUACAACAAGGGCCUUGUCAACUAAGAAGUCACAAUUUCCCUCCUACUUUCUUUGGAAAACAAAAGCGUUGGUUCAACAUUGCAUGUAUUCGAUUUCUUCUACGACAAGGUCUUGCAUUUUGUGUUCAUGAUGAGUCCCAAAAUUCUACUAAUCAAGGUAACUUUCUUGAACUUUUAACUUUUUUGGCUGAUCAUAAUGAAGAAAUUAGAGUUGUUGCUUUGAAGAAUGCUCCUGAAAAUCUUAAAUUGACUUCACCAAAGAUUCAAAAGGAUAUUGUAAAUGCAUGUGCUGUUGAAACAAUCAAUGUUAUUAUUGAAGACAUUGGAGAUGCUAUAUUUUCUGUGUUAGUUGAUGAAUCCCGUGAUGUAGCUAUAAAAGAGCAAAUGGUCGUAAUGUGUCGUUAUGUGGACAAGAAAUGGUAUGUAAUUGAAAGAUUCAUUGGGAUUGAACAUGUUCCAAAUACUACAUCUAUCUCACUAAAAAUAGCAAUUGAUAAGCUAUAUUCAAAGCAUGGGUUGAGCAUAUCUAGAUUACGUGGUCAAGGGUAUGAUGGAGCUAGUAACAUGAGUGGAGAGUUUAACGGUUUAAAGAGUAUUAUCAUGAAGGAAAAUGAAUGUGCUUUCUUUGUCUAUUGUUUUGCUCAUCAGUUACAGUUAACGCUCAUGGAUGUGGCCAAAAAACAUGAUUUAAUAGGUACUUUUCUCAUUGUGGUAUCAAAUGUGGUGAAUAUUGUUGGAGCAUCAUCUAAGCGUUGCGGCAUUCUUCGAGAAAAACAAGCUGCCAAAGUCAUUGAAGCAUUAAAAAGUGGACAACUUUCAAGUAGAAAAGGCCUAAAUCAAGAAAAUUGGAUUAAAUGUCCAUGUGAGACACGUUGGGGAUCACAUUUUUGUACUUUGGUAAGCUUUACUAUCAUGUUUUCAUCUAUUAUUGAUGUGCUUGAGGAAAUUGCAAGUGAUAGUUUGAAUAGUGACCAAAAGUCUGAAGCAUCUAUUAUGUUACAAGUGGUGCAAACAUAUGAUUUUGUAUUUAGCUUGCAUUUGGUGAAGAAUAUACUUGGAAUUACAAAUGAGUUGUCACAAGUCUUACAAAAGAGGUGA